AUGUUUUUAUUUUUAAAAUUUAUAUUAAAUUUAUUUCAAUUCUCCUUUUUAUUUUACUCUGUAAUUGCACUUAAGGAAGAAAAUGAAAAUUUAACCAAUAAAGGUGAUUUAUCACAAUUUGAUUCUUCAGGUUGUGGUCUAACAAAAGGUUGUUUGUUUAAACCACCAAAUUGUAAUCCAUAUAAUGACUGUUCUUAUGCUCUAAGUUAUAUAUCAGAUGAUGAACGUGUUUAUUUUGAAUUAUUAGCUCAGGUUGCUGGGGAAUCAAAUGUUUGGGCGGCUGUUGGAUUUUCUGUGGAUGGACUUAUGGUUAAAAUAAUUUGUAAAAGUAAUCGAAAAGCGCCACUAGCCUAUGGACUUGAAUCUAAAAUUCUUUACACCCAUCAUGCUAAAGUAGCCGAUGGUAUUAUUUAUUGUCGUUUCUCCCAAUUAAUUCAGCCACCUGAAUCUGUUCAGCCACAAUUUGUACGCCCAUUAAAUGCCCCAAUAUUUAUUUUAUUAGCGUCCGGAGUUACUAGAGGAAAAGAUUUAACAAUUCAUUCGUUAAAUUCUGAUUCUUCCCUUUUUCCUUUUUCUUCUUCUCAUCCAAUACAAUUAACAAAAUUUAAUUUGAGCCCUGAAGAAUUAGCUAAUGGGGAUUGGGAAAUAAAUAUAUAUAAUAAUAAUUUUAUUAAUUCUUCAAUAAAUUUGACAAAAGAACUUUCAAUUCCUUUUAAUGAAAAUAAUUCAUCUUCGCAGGUUAUUGAACAGACAACAACAAAUGAUUUAAAAAUUGAUUUAACAACAACACCUAGCUCAGAAAAUAUAAAUAAUAUUAAUGAAGAAAAAUCACCAACAAAAAUUUUAGAAAAAGAAAAUCAAAAAAAUAAUUUAAAUAAUGAAAAUAUUUCUUUAAAUUCUAAUCCAAAAAAUGAUUGUUCUGAUUCUGGAAUUACUUUUGGAACAACUACAAAUAAACCAGAAAUUGGUUCUGAUGCUUUUUUAACUUCGAAUAAUUCUGAAUUUCGUUUAAUUAAGACACACGGUGAUUGA